UAAAAGCUACCACAUUGAGAUACGAGAAUGGAUCGAAAGGAGAGCAACAAAGUGGCAAAGGAAUUUUGCAAGGCCUUCCUCCUUGAGCGUAUCAACGAAGACCAAAGAGCUUAUGAACGAGUGUUGGCCUGUCACUGUAAUAAUUUUGGCGGGAAAAGGUGUGAAUGUGCGCCGACUGAGGAUAUAUCCAGCAUAGCCGAUACACCAAUGGAAAAUAGAGGAACGGAAAUUAACGGAGAUCCAAAUUUUUACUUUUCCUUGAAGAGGAUAGAAAAAGCCUCAAUGAACGGCGACGAAAAAGACUCAUUCGCUAAGUCAAAAGAAGACGUGCUUGUUGACAUAACAGGGGAAGGUGCUUUUACGAUGGCUGACAUUCAAACCCCUUCUGUUGCUGCGAGGAUAAAAGACAAGAAACCCUUGAUCAAACAGCCUUCAUUUUUGGAACAGGUUUACGAUGGUCUAAAAGAUCCCUAUGUAAUUUUGAUUAAUAACGUUAACUUUAAGAAGAGGCCUGCUCCAAGAAAUGGCGCCGAAGCUGAUACAAAGAACCUGAGAAAAUUUCUGAAGAUGGCUCAAUUCAACACAGUGAAAUGUUACUUUGAUGUAAAGAAGGAUGACAUGCUGAAAAUAUUCCAAGACGCACAAAAGAAUAUCAAUCUAAUCAGACACGAUGGACUCAUGUGUUUCAUCAUGAGUCAUGGCAGCAGCAAAGGAGUAGAAACAGCAGAUAACAAGUACAUCAAGGUUGAUGAUAUCACAGCUCUCUUUCGAGGUAACCAAUGCCCUCAGUUUGCUACUAAACCCAAGCUGUUUUUCAUCCAAGCAUGUCGAGGAGAUGAUGAAGAUGAUGGCUUUAAUGUUCCUAGGGGACCCAACGAARUGGAAUCCGACAGCGAAAGCGAAGAACAGCUUCCCGUCAAGAUGCCUUCCGACUCGGAUUUCUUGAUUGCCUACUCAACCACCAAAGAAAAAUGCUCGUAUAGACGUUACAUGCAUCCCGGUUGCGAUGUGUACGACGCUUCUUAUGAAAAUGUAUCGAUGGGUUCGUGGUUUAUUGCGUGCCUUGUUGAUGUGUUUUUGGCCUACUCACACGAAGAAGACCUUCUCUCCAUGUUGACACGAGUCAACAAAGCCAUGGCAGAGCUUUAUACUGAUAUGGGACAAAAACAGAUCUCAUGCCAUCUCUCCAUACUCACCAAAAAAGUUUAUUUCCAAAACUUAGUGGAAAAGUAAAAGAACGACCAAAUGCACGAUAAUGAAAAGUACGAUCAUAUAAAUAAACGAAAACUGAAAGGUUUUUACGUCCAUAAAGAAGCUGCUUGUAUUCAUUAGCUACAGUAUGCAAACGUGAUAAGUAGUUAGUUAAUUUCAUUUAAAGCGCAUUCAUCGAAUACUCGAUCCAUGUAUCAAUUAAAAAGAUUUAAACUUAUUUACUGAUUAUUGUUACUUAAAGCUGACAGCUUUCGAUGCUGGCUGCCCAAACAUGGCCUCCCCGAGGUUCUCACUGAGCUCUGCAAGCUUCUUAGGAUUCUUGUAAUGAGUUACGGCUUGUGCCAUCGCCCAGGCUCGUUUUGGUGGAUCACUACUUUUAAAGAUGCCAGAUCCAACAAAUACACCAUCUACACCAAGCUGCAUCAGAAGACUAGCAUCAGCUGGAGUGGCUGAAAGAAAAAUAUAUAACAUACCGUAUGUCAAAUGGUACUCAUUUACACACGUCUAAUAACACGUUACAGGACAAGCUAUGUUUACCUAAACCACCUGCUGCAAAGUUGACAACAGGAAGACGUCCUAACUUCGCUGUUUGCUGAAGUAAAUCAAAAGGAACCCGCAAUUCUUUGGCAUAAGUGUAGAGUUCAGCUGUGUCUAGACCUUGUGCAUGGCGGAUCUGUGUACGAAUGGUUCGUGCAUGACGCACAGCCUCAGAUACAUCUCCUGGAUUUUAAGAUAUCUGUUAGUUAAGGUAAUAAGUUUAAAAAAUCAAAAGUUUCUUACAACAGCCUUAAUGCAUGAAUCCAAUUUCAAUUACUCCUAUGUAUGUAUGAAGGUAAAAUGUCUCAACAUUAAAGGGGGACUAGCACAAAAAUCUUCGGAACUUUAUUUCAGCUGAAACUUUAAUGGGAUAUUUUUUAAGGGUUUAAUAAUCAUUGGUUAAAGUGUUUUCUUUAUAUUCCAAUGUAAAUGGGAAGUAUUACGUGUUUACGAAUUUUUAUAGGUGUCUGUGACGUCAUACACUCAACACUAAACAUCGCUUCAUACAUUUCUUUGUAAAUAACUUCAUGUUUUACUUUAAUUCUAUUAAGCCCAAAGGUCCGCUUAGGGACUUAACGUACAUAACUUGUGGUUAGAAUCAUUUUAUGGAUUUUUUUUUU